CUUUUGCCCCUCCAAUAAUUCUGCCCCUUGUCCGCACGCACGCGCCCAGCUCAGCUCGGCCCCCUCCCCUCCCCGCUCCCACCGCCUCCCGAAUCCGGCCUCCAAAUCUCGCCGGGAUCCGCCGCGCGGCCGCACGGAUUCGCCUCCCGGAGCCGCGGCUCUGUCGGCGCGGGGGCGGGAGAAGGGGGGCCUGCUCCGGCCCGGGGGACGCCGGAUCUGGGUCGGGGGGUUUCUCUUCGGGCUCGGAGGAGGAAGGGCAAGUCACGGUGGCGUUAGUGGUGGUGGUGGUUGUUGCAGCGGCGGCGGUUGAUUUGUGGGUGUGAUUCGUGGGCUUCUUGGUGUCGGUGUGCCUGGUGCUGGUGACGCGCCAUGGAUUACAACCCCGUGGACAGCAGCGGAACUGAUGAUGAUCUUCCACCGACAUAUCAGAACAGAGGUGUAAGAGGCAGUGGACGUGUUAGUGGUAAUGGGAGAGAUAUUGUUAGCGCUGUUCCAUAUAAUAGAACUAAGCCACAGACAGAUAUGGAAACACAAAUUCAUCAGCUUGAGCAAGAUGCAUAUUGUUCUGUUCUUCGUGCAUUUAAAGCACAAUCUGAUGCUAUUUCAUGGGAAAAGGAAGGUCUUAUCACUGAACUUAGAAAGGAACUUAGAGUGUCUGACAAAGAGCACAGGGAGUUGUUAAACAGAGUGAACGGUGAUGAUAUCAUUCAAAGAAUAAGGGAAUGGAGAGAGACAAAAGGUGGGCUUCAGGCAGAUAUGGUGAAUAAUGCUCAACGUUCACAUGAUCGCGUGCCCAGCCCUACCACCUCCGCUCGCAAGAGGCAGAAGACGUCACAAUCCAUCCCUUCUGCUUCUGUACCUGUACCAUCUCCUGCUGUGCAUUCACAGACACUGACUGCCCCAAUGCAACCAUUGUCAUCAGCAACAAAAAAAGUAGCUCCACCUGGUACAAAAGGCAAAAAGACUAAGCCAGGCCAGAAGAUACCAGGUGGCUCUGCAAUCAAGACCAUGUCUUCUGCUGGCCCUAGUGGUAGGGGACCAAUUAUGAAUAAGAACCUAUCAGGUGGUCUUCCUACUGAACCAAUAUCAGUAAAUCCAUUAAUCGGACGGAAGGUCAUGACUCGGUGGCCUGAUGAUAAUAGCUUUUAUGAGGCUGUUAUAACUGACUAUGAUCCACAGCUGGAUCGUUAUGCACUGGUUUAUGACAUAAAUACAGCAGAUGAAACCUGGGAGUGGGUUGACUUUAAAGAGAUGGCACCUGAAGAUAUUAGAUGGGAAGGUGGCGACCCUGGAAUAAUCCAGCAAGGCCGUGGCGCUACUGUUCAUGGUGGUAAGAAGUCAAGCAGCCGUAAUGGCCCCAUGUCAGGUCCUGGAAGGGGGAGCAGAGGGCCGCAAAAGAACACAUCCAGGAAAGAGUUUCCACCUUCACAAAAUGGUGUUGGGAAGAAAAGCUCUGAUUGCAUAGAAAUACUCCAUACGGAGUCAUUAAUAAAGGAGGUGGAGCGGGUUUUCAGCGCAAGCAACCCUGAUCCUCUUGAAAUGGAGAAAGCAAAGAAAGUGCUCAAGGAGCAUGAACAAUCUUUGAUUGAUGCAAUUGCAAGGCUUGCUGAGGCAUCUGAUGGCGAAAGUGCAGAAGAAAGGGCACAACCCUUGCAACACAACCGUGGAUGGAGAAACCAUCAUGGUGGAAACUAUGCAAAUGAUAUGACUAUCGAUGGUCACAUGGUUGGAGAUGCUGAUGCCCUGUAAACAAUUACUGAACUGUAUACAGAACCCUUUUUUUAUCUAUUGUAUAACUUCAAUGCUGAUUUAUUCUAGAUUAGCACUAGGUUCAAAAGUAUCCUCUAAUUGUUUCAAAUGAGUUUAUCUGUUAUGAUGGGCCUCUCGAAUUGUGGACUUUCGGAAAAUCAAUAUUGGUGAGAGGAGAGCGUUUUGUAGAAUUGUAGUCUAGCAGAUCAUGAUGACACUGUAAAUUUAGAUGUGGAGAUAUUUUUGGUGUCGUACUACUUUCAGAUGUGACUACUCACUGGAGAUGUAUGUUGUUUUGUACUCGCUAGCAAGCAGAACACGCAUUUUUUUUUGUUUUUUUU